GAGAAAAGGCAACAAAUUCUUAAUGAGAUGAGAACAUUAUGUGAAGCAAGUUGCUAUCCUGGUUUAGUUGAAUUCCAGGGUGCAUUUUACAUGCCUGAUUCUGGACAAAUAAGCAUUGCCCUUGAAUACAUGGAUGGUGGCUCUUUAGCAGACGUUAUAAAAGUCAAGAAAUCAAUACCAGAGCCAGUUCUUGCACAUAUGCUACAGAAAGUGUUACUUGGCCUGAAGUACUUGCAUGAAGUAAGACAUCUAGUGCAUAGAGAUCUAAAGCCAGCAAAUUUACUGGUAAACCUUAAGGGCGAAGCAAAAAUUACAGAUUUUGGUGUAAGUGCUGGUUUGGACAAUACAAUGGCUAUGUGUGCUACCUUUGUAGGCACUGUGACAUAUAUGUCACCUGAGAGAAUCCGCAAUGAGAACUACUCCUAUGCUGCUGAUAUUUGGAGUCUUGGACUAACGAUAUUGGAGUGUGCUACUGGUAAAUUUCCAUAUAAUGUCAACGAAGGCCCAGCCAAUCUCAUGCUACAGAUACUCGAUGAUCCAUCACCAACACCACCAGAAGAUGCCUAUACACCAGAAUUUUGUUCCUUCAUAAAUGAUUGCUUGAGGAAAGAUGCUGAUGCAAGGCCUACAUGCGAGCAGCUUUUGUCACACGCAUUUAUCAAGAGGUAUGAGCAAACUGGUGUGGACUUGGCAGCAUAUGUCAGGGGUGUUGUUAAUCCAACAGAGAGAUUAAAGCAAAUAGCAGAGAUGCUUGCUGUUCAUUAUUACCUCCUUUUUAAUGGCUCUGAAGGACCUUGGAAUUAUAUGAAGACAUUCUACAAGGAGGAAUCAUCUUUCAGUUUUUCAGGGAAUGUGUAUGUCGGACAAAGUGCCAUAUUUGAUACUUUAUCAAAUAUAAGAAAGAAGUUGAAAGGUGACCGGCCUAGAGAAAAAAUUGUUCAUGUUGUUGAGAAGCUACAUUGCCGCGCGAAUGGGGAAACAGAAAUUGCUAUCCGUGUGUCUGGAUCAUUCAUCACGGGCAACCAAUUCCUGAUAUUUGGUGAAGGGUUGCAAGCUGAAGGGAUGCCCAGCUUGGAGGAAAUUGAUAUUGACAUUCCAAGCAAGCGGGUUGGCCAGUUCCGGGAGCAGUUUACCGUGCAUCCAGGGACUUCCAUGGGAUGCUACUACAUAGCAAAGCAAGAUCUCUACAUCGUCCAGUCAUGAAAACAAUGUAUAAAGUGUAAGUGAUGUUCCGGUUUGUGCCGUCAAUGAUUCCAGUUCAUGAUGAAAGCUAUGUCAUGGUUUCCACUUCUCGCGGCCCCAUAACUUCGACAGGCUUCAGAUCACAAUGCAGUCCUGCUACCAUUGACAUUGAUUCCAUUUCUUCUCGAUGCGAGCAAACAAACUUGUAGCUGAAACAUAACUUAAUUAUUGUUUGUAAGGUGGUAAGGAGAAUGAAGCGAUUCUAAUGAUUGUUGUGCAUAGAUCGAUACUCUUGACACAUGGCACGGUUUUA